AUGACGACCUCGAGCUCCGCCCCGUCGGGCGACCUCACAAGUCAGAUCCUGCUGGCCCUGUCCAAGGCGAGCCCGAUCCAAACCGCCGAUGCCUUCCCCGAUGCCCAGUUCCAGGACGUCAAGGCCGCCCUCGACCGGCUGGGGUCCCGGUCAAUGAUCACGUACGAGACGAUUGAGCGCGAGGAGGCCCUCCUGGAGCCCGAGGCCGAGCAGAUUGCCGAGCACGGCUCGCACGAGGCCCGUGUCUUUGAGGCGCUGAAGCAGGCCAUGGAAGGCCUGACGGUCCAGGAGCUGGAAAAGGCCAUUGGCGACAAGAACGUCACCAAGCUGGGUCAGGGCAAGGCCUUUAGAGAGAAGUGGAUCUCCAAGAGCAAGGACGGCAAGCUGGUGGCCACGGCCGAUUCCAUCCAGGACGUCACCCGGGCACAGCUGCAAAAGAUCAAGGAGACGCGGACGGGCGACGCCAAGGUCAUCGCCGACCUGAAGAAGCGCAAGCUCAUCCGCAUGCAAAAGAUCAUCACCUUCAAGGCGGACAAGGGCCCCAAGUUCGCGCUCGAGAUUCAAAAGGAAGAGACGGACCUGACGGCCGACAUGAUUGCGUCGGGGGCGUGGAAGUCGGCGACCUUCAAGCCGUACAACUUCAAGGCGCUGGGGUCGGACCAGAAUGCUGGCGCGCUGCACCCGCUCAACAAGGUGCGGCACGAGUUCCGGCAAAUUUUCUUCGAGAUGGGCUUCGAGGAGAUGCCGACCAACAAGUUCGUGGAGACGGGCUUCUGGAACUUUGACGCGCUCUUCGUGCCGCAGCAGCACCCGGCGCGCGACCUGCAGGACACGUUCUACAUCUCGGACCCCAAGGUGGCGGAGAAGCCGCGGCCGCAGGGCGAGGGCCAGGACACGGAGGCGUACUGGAACAACGUCAAGGAGGUGCACCAGAACGGCAAGUAUGGGUCGAUCGGAUACCGGUACCCGUGGUCGGCGGAUGAGUCUCUCAAGCUGGUGCUGCGGACGCACACGACGUCCAUCUCGGCGGCGAUGCUGCACAAGCUGGCGGCGACCAAGGGCCCGGACGGGCGGCCGAAGCCGGCACGGUACUUUUCCAUCGACCGCGUGUUCCGCAACGAGACGGUGGACGCGACGCACUUGGCCGAGUUCCACCAGGUGGAGGGCGUCAUCGCCGACUACGGGCUGUCGCUGGGCGGGCUGAUGGAGUUUAUGGAGAUCUUCUUCACCAAGAUGGGCAUCACGGACCUCAAGUUCAAGCCGGCGUACAACCCGUACACGGAGCCGAGCAUGGAGAUCUUCUCGUACCACAAGGGGCUCAACAAGCUGGUGGAGAUUGGCAACAGCGGCAUGUUCCGGCCCGAGAUGCUCGAGGCCAUGGGCCUGCCCAAGGACAUGCGCGUCUUCGGCUGGGGACUGAGUCUGGAGCGGCCGACCAUGAUCAAGUACAAAAUCUCCAACAUCCGCGAGCUGCUGGGGCACAAGGUGGACCUGGGCUUCAUUGAGCGGAACCCGGCGGUGAGACUAGAGAAGGAGUAG